AUGCACAGGGAUGUGCCAUGCAGGGUGUCACACGUUGGGGAUGUGCCACUGCAGGACGCGGUGCCCCACGUGCGGGUCUUCCCCGAGCACGGCCUCGGCCUCCGGAGGCAGAAGAGGGACUGGGUCAUCCCGCCCAUCAACUGCCCCGAGAACGAGCGCGGGCCCUUCCCCAAGAACCUGGUGCAGGUGGGUGGCACCCGGUGGCCGCGCCGGAGCCCCGGGAUGGCUCUGGCCACAUGGGACACGUGGCCAGGCCUCCGGAGGCAGAAGAGGGACUGGGUCAUCCCGCCCAUCAACUGCCCCGAGAACGAGCGCGGGCCCUUCCCCAAGAACCUGGUGCAGCUCUUCUCGCACGCCGUGUCGGCCAACGGGCAGCCCGUGGAGGACCCCAUGGAGAUCAUCAUCACCGUGACGGACCAGAACGACAACCGGCCCAUAUUCACCAAGCAGGUCUUCAUUGGCUACAUCGAGGAGGGCGCCAAGCCGGGCUGGCGCCAUCCCUGCCCUAACCACGGCCCUUCUGGCUUGCAGAGCACCCCCAACUACACCCUGAUCAUCCAGGCGGCGGAUCAGGAGGGCAAGGGCCUGACCAACACGGCCACGGCCAUCAUCGAAGUCACCGACGCCAACGACAACACGCCCAUCUUCGACCCCAACAUGUAUGAGGGGACAGUGGAGGAGAACAAGGUGGGGGUGGUGGUGGCCCGGCUCACGGUGAAGGACGCAGACACGCAGGGCUCCCCUGCCUGGAGAGCCGUCUACCACAUCCGCAGCGGGGACCCCAACGACGACUUCAGCAUCACCACCGACCCCAAAACCAACGACGGCAUCCUCAAAACGGCCAAGGGCCUGGAUUACGAGUUGAAGAGCCGGUACGAGCUCGUGGUUGGGGUGGAGAACGAAGUGCCCUUGACCGUGUCGCUCCCCACCUCCACGGCCAGCGUCUUGGUGAUAGUCAGGGACGUGAACGAAGCGCCCGUCUUCGUGCCCCCCGUCAAGAGGGUGGAGGUGCCGGAGGAUCUGCCGGUGGGGCAGGAGGUCACGUCCUACACAGCGCAGGACCCGGACCAGCAGCAGAGGCAGAAAAUCACGUACCGCAUGGGCAGCGACCCCGCGGGGUGGCUGGCCAUCGACCCCGAGAACGGCAUCGUCACGGCCAGCCAGGCCCUGGACCGCGAGUCCAUGCACGCCCUCAACAGCACCUACAAGGCCAUCGUGCUGGCCGUGGACAACGGGGUGCCGGAUGCCACCGGCACGGGGACGCUGCUCCUCGUCCUGCAGGACGUCAACGACAACGGGCCCAUGCCGGAGCCCCGUUUCUUCGACAUCUGCAACCAGCAGCCCGAGGAGCAGCUGCUGACCGUCGUGGACAAGGACCUGCCCCCCAACACCUACCCCUUCCAGGUGGCACUGGAGCACGGCUCCGGCACCAACUGGACCGCCAGGAUGGCCAGCCAAGACCAGCUGGCCCUCAGGCUGCUGAAGGAGCUGGAGCCGGGUGAGUACAGCGUGUUCCUGAAGCUGACGGACAGCCAGGGCAAGGCGCAGGUGACCUCGGUGAAGGCGCAGGUGUGCGAGUGCGAGGGGGCGGCCAAGAACUGCGAGCGCAUCGCCUUGUCCCUACGUUGGUACCUGGAUGGUACCGAUGGGCUGCAACUCGCCAUCUCCCCCAUGCUCUCCCUGCUGGUCAGCUCGGGCUCACCUUUCCCCUUGAUUAAGGGACUGGAUCGUCGGCCGGAUGAGGAAGGGCUGAGCGAGCUGGACCUGUUCAGCCUGGAGAAGACUGAGGGGACCUGA